AUGACCAAAGUUCUUGUGACUGGCGGCUCCGGCUUCAUCGCCGCCCACAUCGUCGAGCAGCUCCUCGCCAAGGGCCACUCGGUUGUCACAACCGUCCGCACCCAGGCCAAGGCCGCCAAGAUCUACGAGGCACACCCCGAGCUCGGCAAGGACCGCCUGCAGAUUGAGCUGACGCCGGACCUGACGCAAGCCGAUGCCUUUGACAAGGUGGUCCAGGUGCCCGGCAUUGAGGUGGUCCUGCACACGGCCUCGCCCUUCCACUUCCGCAUCACCGACCCCGUCAAGGAUCUGAUCAACCCGGCCGUUAUGGGCACGACGAGCGUCUUGAAGGCUAUCCAAAAGUCGGCGCCGCAGGUGCGCCGCGUGGUGGUGACGUCGUCGUUUGCGGCCAUUGUCGACGACAACACGGUGGGCGACCCGAACCACACGUACACGGAAAAGUCGUGGUGCCCCAUCACGCUCGCGGACGUCGGCGCGAACCCUGGCAGGGGCUACCGCGCCUCCAAAAAGCUGGCCGAGAAGGCCGCGUGGGACUAUGUGCGCGACAACAAGCCCAACUACGACCUGGUGACGGUCAACCCGCCCAUGGUGUUCGGCCCGAUUGUGCACCACCUCGACGACGUGUCCGGCAUCAACACGAGCAACGAGCGGUUCGUUGAUGCGAUCACCGGCAAGUGGAAGGCGGCUGGUGCCGUGACGAGCCAGGGCCCGAUCCGGAUCUGGGUGGACGUGCGAGACGUGGCCAAGGCGCAUGUCCUGGCCGGUCUCGAGAAGCCCGAGGUGGGCGGCCGCCGGCUGUUCUGCACGCAGGGUUUCUACACGAACAACCAAAUCUACCAGAUUCUGCACAAGAACUUCCCCGAAUACAGCGAGCAGCUGUCAGGCGUCAAGCUCAGCGAGGAGCCCGAGGAACACUUCCAGUAUGACAACUCGGAGACGCAGAAGUUGCUGGGCAUUGACUGGAUCCCUCUGCAGAAGAGCGUGGUCGACGUGGUCAACAGCGUCAAGCCGCUGCUGAAGUAG